UGUGAGUGAGAGGCUAAAAAUAUCAUUUCUGGGCCGUUGAGAGAAGGCGGCGGAGGUAGCAAUAAGCAAAGUGCCAAAGACUGGGUGUCAAAGUAGAAAGCGAGCAGCAGAAGAAGACGACGUGUGACGAAGCUUUGCCCUUCGAAAAUGGCGAUAUCGGGGGAUCUGAGAGUCACUACAACGCUAGCCUCUUACCCUAAGAAGCACCCUCUUCGAAGCUUCCAUUCUUCUUCGACUUCUAAGGUGGACUUCAAUGCUUUUCCCAGUGGAGGAUCCGGGACCUCUUAUCAGCUAACACACAAGUGUCCUCCUGCCAUCAUCAUGCUUGAGAAUCGCAGAAGCACACAUGGUCCUGCCAAAUGUUCGGCUGGAGUUUCUGAAGAUUAUCAUCAGCUGUCCUCUUCAUUCUCUGAAGAUGCUGAGACCUUUCUCCUGAAUGCCAUAAACAUGAACUUCUUCGAGCGCUUGAACUUGGCUUGGAAGAUAGUCUUCCCAUCACCUGCCCGGAGAAAGAGCUCAAAUGCGAGGAUUGCCAAACAGCGAUUGAAGAUGAUCCUAUUCUCCGACCGAUGUGCAGUGAGCGACGAGGCUAAGAGGAAGAUCGUCAACAACAUUGUGCAUGCUCUGUCAGAGUUUGUGGAGAUCGAAUCGCAGGAUAAAGUUCAACUGAAUGUCACCACCGACACAGACCUUGGAACUAUGUACUCGGUCACAGUACCUGUUCGACGUGUGAAGCCAGAGUAUUUAGAUGCCGAGGAGACUGGAUCAAUCACCAACAUUGAAUACAAAGAAACCGGAGACCAAUCUGGUGCAGUUGAUGUCAGAUUUGAUUUCUACAUCCCGGAUUAAAGAACCAGGUGAUCCCAUACUGACCUGGCAAGGCAAAACCAAAAGCUUAUGGGCAGCAUCAGAAGUUCAAUCAAACCUCUUUCUAUGAUUUAGAGCUUUUAGAAGCUCUGUUUAAGUGUUAAAUCCUUUGUAUAUAUCCCCUUAUCUCUCUUCAUAGGGUACUGAAGAUUCUUUUUUUUUCCUAAAUUUGCAGUGGGAUUUGACCCUUGGUCUUUUGAAUCCUCUCUCUGUGCAUCUGAAUAAUUGCCUUGCUUUCUUUUAGCUAAGAUGACUAAGC